AUGCUACCAUUGAAGUCCAGAAACCCAAGACCAACGGCCCUCCUAACGGACGGGCGGUUAACGUUUCAACCUGGUGUCAAAGACGUCAUUGACAUAACCGAUGACAAGGUGAAACAGUUGAAAGGUCGUAUACUUUCAUUAAGCAGACGCCCAGGUCCUGAUGGUGAUGUCCUUGGAACGGAUGCCGCGACUCAGGCCGGGUACCGCGAUGAUGAUCGUACCAGGAUAAUGGCUCUUGUAAGAGAGAGCCAGAUUGCCAAGGAGACUAGCAAGUCUAUUGAGAGAGAUAUCCGUCUCGCGAAAAGAGCCUAUGCCGCGAAGGAAAACUCCCUCCCUGUUGUGGCCUCGAAUGAGGAUGAAGAGACACGUUUCAAUGUCGCGAAACGUAUAAUCUUGCACCUCAUUCAAUCACCCACAAACUUCCAUGUUCUACUUCGUGGAUUGGGUGUAGAGGUCAACACAGAGAUCCAAAACUCGCUUCAGCUGGCCCUCAGUCAAGCGUCGGAUUCCCAAGUCCAUCGCCUGAUACAGGGACCCCAGCAAAGCGACGAGAUCCUUGCUCUUAGACGACAAGUCGCAGAGCAAGGCGAUCAGCUGGAAUUGGCCAAUCGCAAAGUCCAAGUUCACAAGGACGCCGCUGAGAAAGCCGAGUCACAGAGGGAUUCUGACCUGAAAAGGGUUGAACAACUCGAAAAAUAUGAUGAGGAGAGUUCUCGAUUGCUUCAGCGUGCCAAGCAAGAGGUGCGAAAGGCCACCAACCUCCUCGCAGACUCAGAGACAUCAGCUCAAGAAGACCGAAGAACUAUCGAACGUCUCAAAACUGAAGCUGCCUCCAAUGAAUCCAAGUUUCGUCAAGACUUAUCGGAUCAAGGAUUGGAGAUUGUAAAGCUCCAACAAUCCGUUGAAGAUCUCGAGACGGAGAAGAAGGAUUUGGAGGCAGAGAACAGUCAGCUAAAGGCAGAUCUGAAAAGGCGCAACCGAGAGUUCAGGACUCUCGAACACAAAUCCGAGAGAGCCCACGCCGACGCAGACCUCGCCCACGGGUGGCAUGACGUGUCUGAGAAGAACCUGAAGAAAACCCAGGCAACUCUCGAGACUGCCAACGCUGACAUUGCCAAGCUUCGUAAAUCCCUGACAGACACGGAGCAAAAGGCAACUGAUGCUGACAGGAACUGCAGUCUGCUCCGGACCCAAGUAUCGGAGCAGCUCAAGGACCUGGAAAGCAAGGACCGCCAGAUCAAGAAGUACGAGGUUGCCAUCGAUCAACGUGAUGAAGCGAUCCAAGGUCAAGUCCAACAGGCCUCGGUAUUCCUUCAACACUUGUCGAUUGACCUCGAGUCUGAAGUCUGGACAACAAUGGCGGAGAAGAUCCUCGAGCCAACGAGGACCGCUCCUGUCACCUCGAGUACGUCACGACCAUGGAAGAUCUGUUCUUCAUGGUCGACUGACGUUUCUCUACAGAUUCGCCCAGAUGCCCGCAGUCUUGACGCCAUCGCGAUUGACGUCCUAGCCGUAUUGGACGCCAAAGACGCUGAUGCUAAAGACCUGCUGGGUUUUCUGCAGGCAAUGCAGGAUGCAAUGUCCAAGACAUCGUCCAUCUCUGCUAUUUCUCAGCUGCUCCUUGGAGCUUUCACCAAGUCGGUUGGAGAUUCACGUCUUCAUGUCAUACACCGGGUUGCUAUGAGUCAGUUAGCUAACCUGGUGUCUCCAACCGCAGAGGCUUUGCUAUAA